UAACGCGCUGACUUUACAACAACACUCUAUUAACUGGCGUUAAACUAGUUACCCACUUACUUUAUUUUGGAAGUUAAACAUACAUACAUAUCAAUAUUAAUGAGUGUUCAGUGGCGAUACAGUCUGCUUGUAUAUAUUUAUGUUGAUUUUUUCUUACGUGCUGAAGUUAUAUACUGAUAACGAAGUAAUAAAAUAUUUCAAGGUGUGUUAAGUGAAUAUUAAAUUGCAUGUGAUAAUGUGACAUUAACCUUUAUAAUUAACUGUUGGACAAAAGGGCGUGGUUGGGGAUCGGAUAAUGGAGGAACCGGGUGCCGGUGAGAUGUCGGGGAUACUCGACGGUUCAGCCGACGAAGUGUCGUCGUCGGCUAGCAGGAUUAUUCGUGUUUUCUUGAGUUCAACGUUUUCAGAUAUGGCUGAGGAAAGAAACAUGUUAUUACAAGAUGUGUAUCCGAAGAUAUCCGAAUAUGCCAAGAACAAAUAUGGCGUCAACUUUCAGAUGGUGGAUAUGAGAUGGGGUGUCACUAAUGAAGCACAAAAUGACCACAUGACAUCUGAAUGCUGUCUCCGAGAAAUAAAGAACUGCCAGAAUGUCUCAAUUGGUCCGAACUUUGUGGGCAGAAAAUGUGCCUCAUGUGUGUGA